GUGGCAAGCCACGUGUCUUAAUUAAAAGAAAAAGAACGAAAGGCAGAAAACGUCUUCCGCCCAACCCCCUAAAAUUUCCUCUUCAGAAGUCGAACGCCCCAACGCCUCUGUCACAGCUUGCGCACUCUCCCUCGGUGAAAAAGAUAGCAAAAGACUGCCAGUAGCAAACAGGGCUUCAAUAACCUCUAAGACGGAACUCAACAAGAGAAGAUCGUAAAAAAAUCAGAUAAAUAACCAAAAUAUACGAAACAUAUUUUAGAAAAGGUCUGAUGAAAAAUAUUGGAAAAGAACAUAAAGUUAGAUCCUUUCCUUCUAAUAUAUAUCCAUAUGCAUUUGUAGUUCUUCCUCUCUGGUCAGAUCUCCUUCAUCCAUAAAGCCUCCAAUCACAGCGCCUCUUGCUCCUCAGUUGAGAACCCAGGCAUUUGCUCUUGAAAUCGAGGCGUUGGACCAAUUUUUGGGACUUGAGAAUACACGGCCAAGAUUGAUUAUUUCAGUUGGAAUGGAGGAUUCGGGGAUGGAAAGCUCGAAGUUGAGGUUCGCCCAGUGCAGGGGAAAAUGCUACUAAGUGGAGAGUGGAGUUAGGGUUUAUUUUUUGGGAGAGAAGAACAAAAGGAAAUGAAGCCGACCGAUCAAAAUUUUUUUUUGAGUUGGCAUGGAAGACUUGGGGAUGGAAGGGCAGAGGAAUAGGCUACGAAGUUGAGAGUGUUUUUGGGAGAGAGAGAAGGGAGAGAGAGAACAAAAGAAAGGAAGAUGACUGAUCUAAAAUUUUAUAUUUUAUCUUUAAAAUUGAUGCCACAGGGGAUGCCACAUCAAGAUGGAGCAUCAAGCGGUGGACAUAGCAUUUUCCAAUGAUGAAAGCUAGAAGAUGAAGAUCGUAACGUAUAACGUGAAUGGGCUUAGAUCGCGCAUUUCUCAGUUCGGCUCCCUCCCCAAAUUGCUCGAUUCCUUCGAUGCCGAUAUCAUUUGCUUUCAGGAGACCAAGUUAAGAAGGCAGGAGCUGACGGCGGAUUUGGCAGUGGCGGACGGUUACGAAUCGUUCUUCUCCUGCACGCGUACGUCCGAUAGAGGCCGAAUGGGGUAUUCCGGGGUUGCUACUUUUUGUCGUGUAAAGUCAGCUUUUUCGAGCACCGAAGUGGCCCUGCCGAUUGCAGCUCAGGAAGGCUUUACGGGACUUGUUGAAAACUCUCAUAAUAGAAAAUGCGAAGCACGCAAUGAAAUAGUGGAUGACCUUGAGGACGAGUUUGCCAAAGAGGAGCUUCUUAAAGUUGACAGCGAGGGGCGAUGCAUUAUCACGGAUCAUGGUCAUUUUGUUCUGUUUAACUUGUAUGGGCCUCGAGCUGAAUGCAAUGAUGAUGAAAGGAUCCAGUUUAAGCUCACGUUUUUCAAGAUAUUACAGAAAAGGUGGGAGUCUCUCUUGCGCCAGGGAAGGAGGAUAAUUGUUGUUGGUGAUCUCAACAUUGCACCCACUGCAAUGGAUUGUUGUGAUGCUGGACCAGAUUUCGAGACAAAUGAAUUCAGAAGAUGGUUUAGAUCCAUACUAGCGGAAAGUGGAGGCCCUUUUUCUGAUAUUUUUAGAACAAAACAUCCUGACAGAAGAGAAGCAUACACAUGCUGGCCGCAAAAUACAGGUGCUGAAGUGUUUAAUUAUGGCACAAGAAUUGAUCAUAUUCUGUGUGCUGGAUCAUGCUUACAUGAAGAUCAUGACCAGCAAGGUCAUAACCUUAUGACUUGCCAUGUGGAGGAGUGUGACAUACUGAUACAGUACAAACGGUGGAAACCUGGGAAUACAGUUAGGUGGAAAGGAGGGCGGAGCAUCAAGCUGGAAGGUUCUGAUCAUGCUCCCGUUUUUACAAGAUUACUGGAAAUUCCUGAUACUUCUGAACACAGUACUCCUGCUUUAUCUGCUAGAUAUAUUCCCAUGAUUCAUGGCGUCCAGCAAACUCUUGUGUCAAUCUUAACAAAAAGACAACUUGCUGAACAAAUUAGAUCCUGCGAGAUGUCAGGUUCACUUUCAAACGAAAAUAUAACGUCAGAGACUUGCAAUGAGAGAGUGAAGAGGUCAUCCAACGACUGCAGUAUAUCUGGUGUAUCCCCUGUUGAAUCUUGUUCUUCAAACCAAGAAUCUGAAGGUCUCAUUUCUAAUAGAGCUGAGCAUUCCAGAGGUUUUGAUGGUGAUGCUUCUUGUAACAUCUUGGUUAUGUCAGGAAGUAAGCAGAGCAAAUCACUUCCAAGAAAUGAAACCAUGAAAAAGGCAAGAAAAAGUCAAGGGUCCCAACUCUCAUUGAGGUCAUUUUUCCAGAGAAGUCCAAACCCUAUCAAUAAUGCUAAAGACUCUAAUAGUGGUAUUUCAAUGAGUCAGACGGAUGUCCUACAGUCUGGUAAUCACUCUGAUACAAGUUCUGCGGUGGAUGUUCAAUGCAGCGUUUCCCAGCAGGAUGCAUUGAACUCAAGUACACCCACUCAGGAUGAUCAUGAACUAAGUUCCUAUCCUUUGGAGAGAGAGAAAACUAAUGCUGCUUUACUGGAGUGGCGAAGGAUACAGCAAGUCAUGCAGAAUAGCAUACCCCUUUGUAAGGGACACAGUGAACCAUGUGUUGCACGGGUAGUGAAGAAACAAGGUCCUAAUUUUGGUCGCAGAUUUUAUGUCUGUGCUCGUGCCGAGGGACCUGCCUCAAAUCCUGAAGCAAAUUGUGGUUACUUCAAAUGGGCUGCUUCAAAAUCUGGGCACUGACAAUGAUGGUGAUUGAUGGUGUAAAAAAUUCAGAGUUAUGAUUGAAGGAUUUACCAGUGUGUAUCCUUUUUGUUUGUCUCACUGAUGAUGCUGUGCCGAUAAUCAAAUUUUGUGACUAAAAUCUUUACGUAUUGAGUUCUUCCAUUAAUAUUUUGUUUGCAAUCCUCUCAGGGAGAUUCCAAUCUGCACUUCCUAGGGAAUCUAGCAUUUGCUUCCAUGUUGGAAAUCACAUGUAAAUUAACAUGUUACUUUUCAGGUAAGUUAAAACUGCAAGGCCAUCUUUAUUUGCAUUGUUAGUAAUAUGGUGCCCUAGAAUGAAUCUUCAGGCCCUUCUAUUAGAUUUUCUGUAAUAAUAUGUAGGUUCACCCGA